GUCCAUACACCACCACCAUACACUACCACCAUUAAUUUAUAUAGCAGUCUACAGACAUUAAAAAAACAAACAGUCUUCUUCUUGCAGACCGCAGACCUUCGGUCCACCACUUCUCCUGCAGAUGUCUACAGUAGUGGUCCGCAGACCGCAGACCUUUUCCUGCAGAAAAAACAAACACCCCCUUAGUCGUAGAAAGGUCAACUGGAAUUUAAUGAUAUAUGGAUCUUGGCCCAUUAAGAGAAUCUCUAGGAGAAUCUCCGAAUCAACAUUGAGGGUUGUUGGUUUGUUAAAAUAGUGGGAAAUAAUUAAUUAAAGGCCUAAUUAAUUAUUCAACAUGAUAGAUAACCUAGUUUGCAAUUUCAUUCUGUAAAUGGCAUCGAAUAACACAUACAGUCAUUCCAUCAACCUGCGUUAUAUCCUCGAGAGCCAAAAACUCUCUGGGGAAAACUUUCUUGACUGGGAUAAGAACCUCCGAAUCGUUCUUGACUGUGAGAGGAAACUCUACAUCCUCGAAACAGAUCCUCCCAAGACCCCUGCGGCAAAUGCUCGUGCAUCCGAACUCACUUCCUUCAAGAAGUAUGAGGACGACGCGCGAAAUGUUAAGUGUAUCAUUAUGGGAAGUAUGACCGCGGAGCUCCAAAGGCUCCACGCGGACAUGGAAGCGCGUCAUAUGAUACAACGCUUGAGAGACCUAUUCCAAGAUUCCAAAUCUGAUAGGUGUAAAUUUGUGGGAUACCCUAAGGAAACGAAAGGGUAUGAGUUCUAUCAUCCGACCGAUAACAAAAUCUUUGUUGCUCGGAACGGAACCUUCCUUGAGAAGGAGUUUCUCUCUGCUAUUUCUAGUGGGAGAAAGGUAGAUCUCGAAGAAAUUCGAGAACCACAAGAAGAGAUCUCAAUAGCAGUGGAACCCGAGCGUCAAGAUUUAGUAUCUCGACCGGCUCAGAAACUUGGAGUUUGGAUAAAGAAGUUCAUUUCUGAACUUGGAGUUGUUCCUAGCAUUAAUGACCCAAUCCCGUUGUUUUGCGACAACACUGGGGCCAUUGCACAGGCAAAGGAACCACGAUCUCACCAAAAGACCAAGCACAUUGUACGACGUUAUCACAUCAUACGAGAAAUCAUAGACAGAGGUGAUGUAGAGAUUUGCAAAGUAGGAACAGACGACAACAUAGCCGACCCCCUGACAAAACCCUUGGGAAAGCUAAAGCAUGAGGGUCACACUAGGGUCGUGAUGGUAUAUCCCUCGAUGAACUCUUUAGGUAGAGCUGCUGCCUCGGCAGAACUUGUGCCCACUGCUAAUCAUGCACAGCGCACACACAAUGGCGACCGUGGUGGAAGUUUGAGCCGCGGUGGUCACUCCGGUGUCUCUCGCGUGGGUAUGCGUGGCCGAGGCAUUCCCAAUUCACCUCGUGGCAGCCGCUACUGUCAGUUUUGUGAUUUGGCCAGUCAUGAUACCAAGUUUUGCAGGAAACUUCAGCAAUUUUUACGGGACAACAACGUCACUAUUACUCCUCGUCCCGAUGGCCCUGCGGCUCAUGUUACUGUCUCCAAUGGUAACUCUGGUCCGUCAGAUGCUCAAUGGAUUGUUGACAGUGGUGCAUCACAUCAUGUGGCAAACGACCCUACUUUGCUAAGCUCUGAUAGAUUUAGGAUGGCCGCGACUUUGAUCCGUGCUCGGGAAGAACAGGAGAAAACCCACCAUUUUUUGCUUGGGCUAGAUGAUGAACAGUUUGGCCACAUCCGUUCUCAAAUCAUCGCUACCGAACCUGUUCCAGAUAUACAUCGAGGAUAUGCAUUGAUUGUGCAAGAAGAACGACACAAAAGUAUUCUCCGUGGUCGUGAUGACCGCACGGACGCCGUAGCUUUUGCCAUGCAACACCCUUCACCUCCCACAGGCCGUGGUGAUCCACCUCACUACUCAUGCACUAACUGUGGCAAGGACGGGCAUUCGGUGGAUCGAUGCUAUCAAUUACAUGGGUACCCCCCGAGGAAGGGCCGGGGCUGUGGCAGUGCACCCAGCCGUGGCGGGCGGAGUGGCGGCCGUGGCAUGUCGGGCGGCAGUGGUGCUCCGGGCCGUGGGUCUGGAACUGCGACAGGGGGAGCAAAUUCGGCUACUAAUUCCAACGCCCUCGGCCUCACACCCGACCAAAUGACGUGCCUACUUUCCAUGCUUGACACUUCUUCAUCUGACAAAACUUCCGGUCCUAGCGGUGAUUCUUCUUCUCGUGAGUGGCUUAUUGAUAGCGGUGCUUCGCAUCACAUGACUGGAUUGUGCAACGAAGAUGGAGAUUGGACGGGGUGAUGCAUGCAACGGAAUCUUCCUGUUUCGUCCUUCCUCUACCGCGGCUGCGACCCAAGUGGACCCUAUUCUUCUUCAUAAACUCUUGGGCCAUCC